AUGUCUGCGAAGAAGAUCAUCACUGUAUUUGGAGCCACAGGCAACCAAGGUGGAGCUGUCGUCAACACCUUCCUCAGCGACCCUAAGCUGAAGGAUGACUGGACCGUUCGUGGCAUUACCCGUGAUGUAAACAAGGACUCCUCCAAGAAACUCGCCGCCAGGGGGGCCGAAGUGGUGUCUGCCGACAUCAACGACAAGGCAUCAAUUGUCAAAGCACUCGCAGGCUCGCACGCCGUAUUUGCUGUCACCAACUACUGGGAGCACCUCGAUACGAAGCUAGAGGUCCAGCAGGGCAAGAACAUUGCCGACGCUGCCAAGGAAACCAAUGUUAAGCUCCUCAUCUGGAGCUCGCUCUACAACAUCACCAAGCUCAGCAACGGCGUCCUGUCGGAUGUUUACCACUUCGACAGCAAGGCCGAUGUUGAGGAGUACAUCCGCGAGCUGGGCAUCCCGGCCGCCUUCUUCAUGCCGGGAUUCUACAUGAGCAACCUGCCCGGCGGCGCGUUCAAGCCCUCGCCCCCGGACAAUGCCUGGACCCUGGGGCUGCCCAUCCCGCCCGAGUCCAUCUUCCCCGUGUACGACACGAGCGACACGGGCAAGUACGUCAAGGCGGCGGUCCUGAACGAGUCCGCGGUGCUCGGGAAGCGCAUCCUCGGCGCCACGGCGUAUCUGACGGGCCACGAGAUCGUGGAGGGGUUCGCCAGGGUUUUCCCCGACAGCGGCAAGACGGCCCGGUACUACGAGGUGCCCGCGGAGCAGUUCCGGGCGUACAUGAAGAGCCAGGGCAGCCCGGACUUCGUCAUCGAGGAGAUGCACCAGAAUUUCCGGCUGUUGAACGAGUUUGGUUACUACGGCGGCGACUCGCUGGACUGGACUCAUAGCUUGGUGGAGGACCAUCUAACCACCUGGGAGGAGUUUGCGAAGAACGCGCCUGGGUUCAAGGAUGCGAAAUGA